GCCGCGCGGGGGGCGGGCGGCGCGGAGGAGGCGGCAGUGGCCAUGGCCGAGGCGUCGCCGCAGCCCGGACGGUACUUCUGCCACUGCUGCUCGGUCGAGAUCGUGCCGCGCCUGCCGGAUUACAUCUGCCCCAGAUGCGAGUCUGGUUUCAUUGAGGAGCUUCCAGAAGAGACCAGGAGUACAGAGAAUGGGUCCGCCCCCUCCACAGCCCCCACGGACCAGAGCAGGCCGCCAUUCGAGAACGUGGACCAGCACCUGUUCGCACUGCCGCAGGGCUAUGGGCAGUUCGCUUUCGGCAUCUUCGACGACAGCUUCGAGAUCCCCACGUUCCCCCCUGGGGUGCAGGCCGAUGAGGGCAGGGACCCCGAGAGCCGGCGGGAGAGAGAGCAACACUCCCGGCACCGGUAUGGCGCCCGGCAGCCCCGCGCCCGCCUCACCGCACGGCGGGCCACUGGCCGGCACGAAGGCGUCCCCACGCUGGAAGGGAUCAUCCAGCAGCUGGUCAAUGGCAUCAUCACUCCUGCCAGCAUCCCCAGCCUGGGCCUGGGCCCCUGGGGUGUCCUGCACUCAAACCCGAUGGACUACGCCUGGGGGGCCAACGGCCUGGAUGCCAUCAUCACACAGGUAACCCAGCCUUGCGUUUCAGAGCCCUCUGGGGCGAGGGGCCGCGCCUGCCUACCGAGCUCCCGGCACUCUGGCCUCUUCUCUUUCAGCUCCUCAAUCAGUUUGAAAACACAGGCCCCCCGCCUGCGGACAAAGAGAAAAUCCAGGCCCUCCCCACCGUCCCCGUCACCGAGGAACACGCUCUGGGCUGGAGUGCCCCGUGUGCAAGGACGACUACGGGCUGGGGGAGCGCGUGCGGCAGCUGCCCUGCAGUCACCUCUUCCACGACGGCUGCAUUGUGCCCUGGCUGCAGCAGCACGACAGCUGCCCCGUGUGCCGGAAAAGCCUCACGGGACAGAACACAGCCACCAACCCCCCGGGCCUGACCGGCGUGAGCUUCUCGUCCUCCUCGUCGUCCUCCUCCUCCAGCUCGCCAAGCAACGAGAACCCAGCCGGCAAUUCCUGAGUACCCCCUGCCGCGGGCAGAGACUCGGAGGACCACCGCCUCCAGGCUGGAGAAAGCUCCGCCUUCCCCACGGGGCGUCUGGCACAGGGGCCUGGGCGCACAGCACCCCGGGGCGUCCCCAGCUCCCCCCCCCCGUUUGUCUCUAACGUCACCCUCCACACAGUCAGCGGCGGAAAGGUUUUUAUAAUUUUAAAUUAUUACUGCUUUGAAAUAAAUGGACGUUUUAGCUCACACGCGGCCCUGCAUGAUCUGUGGAAAGACCGGGUGGAGCCGCUAGGCCGGGGUCUCCGUGACACCUGGACAGGCCACCAGUCCCCAACCCAAGUGCCGGGGGGCUCGGGACCACAGGAUGACCAGCAAAACAAGAACAAAACUGCUCCGACAGACGUUUUUUAAAGGAAAAAAUAUGUGUAUCUUGAAAGCUAUUUAAAAAUACACCUACUUAGAAAGAGAA